CCGAUCCAUUGUCGUGCCUACGGGGUUCAGAGUACACGGUACAGAGGAGCUAAAACCCUUGCAAGCCAGUCUCUGCCUCUGCCUCUGCCUCGCUCUCUAUGUUUUUGGAGGGAGAAAGUUUGUUGCGUCGCUUCACGAUUGUUCAUUUUCCGCUGACAUGAGAAGGCUGGUAAUGACAUGAUGGGACGUGUACAGGGAACCUUCCAAGAUACGGUUGCUUCAAGGGUCUAAGCUUGCUGAUUUAAGGAAAGGGCGAGCUGAAAUUUGUCGUCAGAAUUUGAUCCAUAGAAGGAGUGAACGUUUAGCAGCAGAACAAGUCGACGACAAAAUAUCUCAGCAAAAUGCAGUUGUUAAAGAUUGGCUCCGCACUGCAGACAUUCGCGGUAGCUUCGCACAAUCAAGCUUUCAGGAAAAAGGCAGGCAACCGGAAAACGAGAGACGAAAGGAAGGCUUUAAUAGAGUCUUUUAUAACACAGUACAGAAGCUUGAACAAUGGAAGCUACCCCUCACUAAGGCUUACACACAAGGAAGUAGGGGGAUCCUUUUACACUGUACGUGAAAUCACGAGGGAAAUAAAGCAAGAGACUGAGAAUUCCAGCCUUUCGAUUUUACCUGUAGAGGAACAAGCUCUUCAUAAUCCAACAACAGAUUGUACCAUGGGAUCCUUGCAAGCAGAAAGGCUAAACCUUGCAACUUUAUCAUCUACUAGCGACUGCACAAUAGGGCAGGAAGUCUGUCUAUCUGAUUCUGAAGACAAUAUCUCGAUAAGUUCCACUGGCAAGGAUGAUUGUAAUAAGGAAGAAAGUUUAUGCGCUGCAGUAUUAGGCGAAGAUCUGAUUGAUGAAGAAAAUGAAGCAACCCUCGUAAUGGAACAGAAAGAGCAGGAGCAGAUCAGUGUAGAAGGCACUGAAUCAUUUCCUCCAGUAGCUGAGGGGGGAUUGGGGGAAGGCAUGACCUUAGCAAGCUCUACUGACAGCCCUGAUCCCACAUUCUAUAGUCACAAUCACACCAUUGAAGUGGAAAAAAGUUGUGACUUCCUUCACAAAGAUGGAGAUCUCCUGAACUGUGGAAAAGAAGAUCAGUUAAUGAGCAACCUACCCAAGGAGGUGAAGACUGGUGAAAGCAGUUUCAUUUGUGAACAACUAGAAAAUUCAUGCUUGGCUGAGCUGAAGGCCACAGAUUCAAUGUUAGAAACGGAUCGAGCUAUUAAUGAUCAUGAAAAUGGUACUACGCUGUCCGAUUGUGAUGCAAAUUCAACAAUAAGUUACCACAAGCCUGAGGCUGCACAGUUGGUUAAUUUUCUGACAGGGAAGAAUGAUGAGUUAUCUGGCCAAGCGGUUCAAGGCCAUCCUUCAUCAAUAUCUUCGACAUUAUCAGCUAACUUUUCUGUUGGUGGCUUCCUAGAGAUGGAAGAGUCGUUAAAACAAAAUGGAACAUCUGGACCAGCUAACAUAUCAGUUGAGGACAAGAUCAACUCCAAUGAGAGUAUUUCUCCCUCCUCCAGUCAUAAGAAAAAGAACUUGGGCCUUGAAAAUGUAAGGGGUGUAAAUUCAGAUCCUUGUUUUAUGCUGACUCCUGGAAGUGGUUCAAUGUCUUCCCAGAUAACCAAUAGACCAGAAAACUGUGAUUCUCAAAUUGUUAGUUCUGACAAUGAUGACUUUUCUGAGCAGGAAGUCAAUCUUCAUGAGUUGGUUCCAGUGUCAGAGCUGGAAACUAAACCGAAACCCAAAACUGAAGAGGUUAAACAUGUUGGUGGCAAAGAGGCUUAUUAUAUAGCGUCAACUAGACAUUCCCAAAAUGGGGAUAUUGUUGCCUCUCAUGCUGAAGCAGGUGCCAUGAUUGCCAGCACCUCAAACAGCAUCAGCAGCAAUAGUCCUGUUCCAGCAACUAGAGCAUCACGAGCAGUAGGCCAAAGAACUGUUAGUUCUGCUCGGAAGGAAAAAGAAUAUGAGUGGACUCAGUCAGUGAGACUUAGUCGGUCGAUCCUGUACACACAUGGAAAAUUUCCCAUGAAAAGGAAAGAAUUGAAUAUAACAAGGAGGGCAGAGACUAACUCUUUUUUGGUGGUAAUAAAAGCCUUCCUAGGUGCCUUUUUCCAGGUUUUGAACAGAAUAGUGCAGGCCGUGAGCUCAAAACCAAGGACAUAAAAGAUCAGGGAUUUGCCUCAGCACAAACAGAUGCUGCGUUAACUCUCACGCUUCUAACUUGCACUUUGCAGAGUUAGCCGGACCAGCUGCUGACUCACAUUUGGAAAUUUAUAAUUCCAUGAGCUUCAGUCUGGCAUUUCGUGCAAACACUUCCUGCAGUGCGCUGGGGAUUCCGUUCGGAAGUAACUAUGUAAUUCGGUUUCUAUAUGCUAUAACCAAAGUCGAUGGGCAUGAUCUUGUAAAUAUGGUAAUUUUUUUCCUUGCGUGUUUCAUGAACUGUGAUAAAUUUUUUAGUCUAUUGGCGAUUGAGCCUUUGUUCAAACAUUAGUGAAGUUGUCGACAUAAUGGUGAUGACAUGCGGAUGCAAUGAGAAAGUCGCUGCUUGUGAAGUGCAAAUUGAACCAAGGUGUCUUCUUCAUGUAGCGUUCAGGCCGAAUGACAAAUGAAUUUAUUUCGA